AUGCGAGGAGACAAAGGACGGCGACUAUCAUUCCGACGGAAAUCCAGUGUCGAAUCACGAGAGAGUUCGUCUCAGAAAAGCUCAGAGAGUCAACAAAAAGAAUCCACUUUGUCCUUGUUCAAAAAGCUCCUUCAACCACACAAAGAAUCAAAACGGAAGGUGGUGGAGGUAGAACGUCGGCAGCUGGAAAACAGCGACUGUAUGGUGCGGUGGCAUGACUUCUGGUCUCACUCUGGGAAACAUACGAGCGUUUGGCAGUCUCUUGGAAAGUCCAUCGAGGACAGCUCCCACAACCUUGUCCAUUCCAUCGGCAUCGACAAAUUCCUCCACUACAAGCCCCCAAUAUCAACCAACGGCGACAAGGGAAGUCCACGGGAGAACAAGCAGGCUAUUCUAAGGAACUGGUUCCGGACGGAGAGCGAUAGGACUGCUAUGAUGCUCAGAGGACUGGCCAGAUGGGGGGCCCAGGAGAUAUCGGGAAACCCUGCCCUUGACGAGCGAUACCCGAUGAUUCUAAUUAACGGACUACCUUUUGUUGGCAAGUCGACCGUCGCACGAGAGCUGGCGUAUCUUCUGGACGAUGGUAACCGACCUGGUCUCGUCACGACACUGCGGGAAGCGGCGUUCAACUUUUUUGGGGACCCAUCUCCUCGGCCCUCCAAAGACCGAGCCAGCGCGAGCGCCCACAAGCGUGACAAGCACCACCGGCCCAUCGAGGUCUUUGCGGACGGUCGUGCGAUCGUCAUCGAUGUCGAGCACCUGAGCUUGGCUCUUCAUGCUGAAAAUGGGGAGCACGUGCAGCAACCUGGCGGUGGACAUACCAGUCAAUCAAGCAAGCCAGAUGCGCAAACGGCGAGUUCCGUGGCCAGAUAUUGCUCGUCGCUCUCCACGUUGGCGCGCAAGAAGCCUAGCAGCGACGCUGCAGACCGCCUUGACCGCGGCCGCCAUUCAGCUCUGGAAGAGGGCUUGCUCCACGAGAAGCGCAGCGCGAGUGCUGUCAUUUUCACAGAGUACCUGCCAAAGUACAACGGCGAGAGCGGAGAAUUUGCGGCAAAAAGCUACCGGACAGCAGCGGACGUGUUUGACCGGCGACUCAUCCCCAUCUACCUAACAUGCAGUGAAGCGGAGCACCAGCGUCGGUUCGAGUGCCGGCAACGGGAGGAGCACCAAUACGUCCAAGCAGCUCGGGCCCGCGGUGUGGCGUUUUCCGAGAACCAGAUCGCAGCCAUGGCGCCUGCGGGACUGCAACAGGCUGCCCAUGCCCUGAAGAAGCUGCACUGCGGCGAGGAGGACGUGUACUAUUUUUCGAAACCGGCCCACUUUGUGAAUCAACAGUUCCAGCUCGGUCCGCGUCCGGUCUUUGGCGAGCCCACUGCGCCUGAGGCAUACCAGGGCGUCCGCAUCGACUCGACGGGGCUGACAGCCCUGGAGACGGCCAUGGUGAUCCGCGAUUUCAUCCACGAUGUGCAGCGUGGCGAGCCGGGGACCACGACGCUGCUAUGGCCGCCCACGCAGAAGGAGCGUGAAAGGAAAUACCUCGAGGAGCUCGAGUCGUGGGUGGUGGUGUCCAGAAACGAAGAGACAAACAGAGGAGUCGAGGCGUCCGAGUGA